AGAGAGAGUUUGUUUGGCUGCUGCGCGUGGAGCGAGCGGCAUUUCUCCGCGAGAGCUCUCCGCCCGAUGAUGCCUUCUUUCUACCUGCAGCACCUGGUGCCAACCUGACUUUUGGAUAUACACGCGAAAAGUCAGGUCGAUUAGACCUACUCAGCCGCAAGUAAAAUGACAACAGAAAUCAUGGAGGCGGCACCUGUGAGGGAACUGGCUGUUAGCGUCAGAGACGCAUUCAAAUUUUACGGGUCCAAGAAAAAGCCUGUCGUAGUUUUAAACCACCUGAACAUGACUGUCCCGCGAGGAUGCAUAUACGGCUUGCUUGGUGCAAGUGGAUGCGGAAAAACAACACUGCUCACCUGCAUCGUGGGCAGACGGAAGUUGAUGUCAGGCCAAAUAUUGGUACUCGGGGGCCGGCCAGGAACGCCAGGUAGCGGCGUGCCAGGACCGAAAGUUGGCUACAUGCCACAGGAAACUGCCCUGCUAAACGAAUUCACUAUAAGAAACACGAUGAAUUAUUUUGGCAAAAUUUACGGAAUGACCAAUGAUGAAGUCGAAGACAGAAUGCACCUGUUGUGCUGCAUUUUGGAGUUGCCGCCCAAAGACACUCAAAUUUUACAUCUCAGUGGAGGUCAGAAAAGGAGAGUUUCUUUGGCAGCAGCUUUGCUCCAUGACCCAGAGUUGCUAAUUUUGGACGAGCCAACUGUUGGAGUUGAUCCAGUUUUGCGCCAUAGUAUAUGGGAAUAUUUGGUGGAAAUAACACAAAAAGAAAACAAGGCUGUGAUUAUCACGACGCACUAUAUAGAGGAAGCGCGUCAAGCCAAUAGAAUAGGUCUUAUGAGGGAAGGCACAUUGUUGGCGGAAGAUGCGCCUGAAAACCUAAUCCGGAAGCACAAUUGCGAAACCCUGGAGGACGUUUUCCUGAUGCUGAGCCGACGGCAGGAAGAACUGAAGGCGCUUGGAAUCGAGCAGCAUAAACCUGCCAUCACGCAAUCUCAGGAUGCCAAACACAACGUUCAUCUGCCUGUUGUUGAGAUUCAGGAACAUAUUCAGGAAGAAAUGUUAAAAAGUAAAAAAAUGAGGAAACUGAAACCAACGAUUUUAGGAGCCCUCCAGUCACAGCUGAUGAUGACUGCCCUUAGAUAUUAUAGAAAUCCAGGAUCUUUGUACUUCUUGAUUAUGUUCCCAAUUCUACAAUUACUCAUCUUCGUCUACGCCGUCGGUCACGAGCCUCGCAGUUUACACUUGGCCGUUGUCAACGAGGAACUCAGCCUUGACAAUGUGACCAAGUGUUUUGAGCUGGCAGAGCCUGGGUGCGACCCUCCCAAUUUGAGUUGCCGCUUUUUGAAUGAAAUCAAUCCAGAGCAUAUCAUCCCAAAAUUCUACGAUACGUGGAAUGACUCGUUGGAGGCCGUCAGGACAGGAAAAGUGUGGGGCGCCAUGCACAUUGGAUCAAAUUUCACCGAGGCGCUCAAGGAAAGGCGCGAGGUCUGGCAAGAGGUCAGCGACGAGUUAAUUGAAGACAGCGAAAUUGCCGUUUCAUUAGAUAUGUCUGAACUGCCAGUGGCGCAAUUUUUGAGUAAGGAGCUAUUGGCGAGUUACAAACGCUUCUCCAAGCAGUAUUUGAAGGACUGCAAUAUUUCAGUCAGACAUGGAGAAACACCAAUACAGUUUCAAGAGCCAAUUUUUGGCAGCAGCAGUCCAAACUUUACAGACUUCAUGGCUUCUGGCUCAAUUUUAACAAUUGUCUACUUCAUGAGCUUGGGCAUCACCUGCGUAAUUAUGGUCACCGAAACGAUGGAGGGCAUUUGGGACCGGGCGUUGGUUGCUGGGGUGACUGAGCGCGAGGUGCUCAUGUCCCACAUUGUGACACAAACGAUUCUGAUGAUCAUCCAAGUCGUCAUCGUCCUAACCCUGAGCUUGGCCAUUCUCAAACUGGAAAAUGAGGGUUCAAUCCUUUUAAUCACCAUAAUCUGCCUCAUCAUCGGCUGGUUCGGAGUGUUCAUGGGUGUUUUGAUAUCCAUCUUCUGCAGCAACAUAAACUCAGCCUCUUACUUCUCCCUGGGCAGUUUUGUCCCGGUUGUUUUUCUUUCGGGAAUCGCGUGGCCCCUGGAGGGUAUGCUUCCGGCUCUGCGGACGUAUUCCGAGUUUUUGCCCAUUACCAGAGCCACGACCACCUUGAGAGCCAUCAUGUCCAGAGGCUGGGGAAUCGAGUACCCGGAUGUUUACAAUGGUUUCGCCUACUCCGCCAUUUGGACAGUGAUAGUCUCAAUAAUUUGCUUUAUAGGAGUCAAAUAUAAGAAGUGUUAAUUAAAAAAUGGUCAGGGAAACUAAUUUAAAAAUUUUAAUCUUGAAGUUCUGUUCAACUGCAUUUUCAAUCGAAUGAGUAAUUAACUGUAAAGUAAUAUAAAAUAUAAAUUAAUUAAACAAAU